AUCUGAGCCGUUAUGCCGAGGAACAAUGGCCCAAUCUUGUGGCCUAUAGCCGAUUCUGUGACGACUGCGUCACUUCUGAGGAGGAGUGCGCUACUCGCCAACUCGAAAGGGCCACUUCAUGUAUAGAAGUGAAGACACAAAAUGGAGUGUCACGGACAGAUUCCUGGAUUGGAUUCUGA